UAUAGAGCCGCCUGCGGGGCGGCGAGGGCAGAGCCGGGCGCACGAUGGCCGCGGCGCGGCGGCGGCUCCUCUGGGCGCUCCUCCCGCCCCUCUUCGCCCUCUGCCCGGCGCAGACGGAGCCCCCCGGCUCCCUGGGGCUCAGCCUCCACCCGCCUUAUUUCAACCUGGCCGAGACGGCCGGCAUCUGGGCCACGGCCACCUGCGGGGAGAAGGAGGAGGAAGAAGAGGAGGAGGAGGAGGCGGGUGGUGGUGGUGGUGGUGGUGGCGGCGGGCGGCCGGAGCUGUACUGCAAGCUGGUGGGGGGCCCCGCCGCCGCCCCGCUGGGCCGUGCCAUCCAGGGACAAUUUUGUGAUUAUUGCAAUGCUGCUGAUCCCAGAAAAGCUCACCCCAUAACUAAUGCGAUUGAUGGAACGGAGCGUUGGUGGCAAAGUCCUCCUCUGUCUAUGGGUUUAAAAUACAACGAAGUCAAUGUCACUUUAGAUCUGGGACAGCUUUUCCAUGUCGCCUAUAUCCUUAUCAAGUUUGCAAAUUCUCCUCGUCCAGAUCUCUGGAUCUUAGAAAGAUCAGUGGACUUUGGAAAAACUUACACUCCCUGGCAAUAUUUUGCUCACUCCAAAGCAGAUUGUUUGGAACGCUUUGGAAAGGAAGCUAAUGUUCCUGUGAGGAGGGACAACGAUGUCAUUUGCACUACAGAGUAUUCUCGCAUUGUGCCUCUUGAAAAUGGGGAGAUUGUAGUAUCUUUGGUAAAUGGCCGCCCAGGAGCAAAAAACUUCACUUAUUCACCUAGUCUUCGAGAAUUCACAAAAGCAACAAACAUCCGCCUUCAUUUUCUCAGAACUAAUACACUUCUGGGACACUUGAUAUCAAAAGCUCAACGAGACCCUACUGUAACCCGUAGAUAUUACUACAGUAUAAAGGACAUCAGUGUUGGUGGUCGAUGUGUUUGCCAUGGCCAUGCUGAAGUAUGUAACGCAAAAAGUGCUGAGGACCAAUACCAGUUUCAGUGUGAAUGUCAGCAUAACACUUGUGGGGAAACCUGUGACCGCUGCUGUCCUGGAUAUAAUCAAAAACAGUGGCAACCUGCAACAGCUGGGAACACAAAUAUAUGUGAACCCUGCAAUUGCUAUGGGCAUGCCACUGACUGCUACUAUGAUGCUGAUGUUGAUCGGCGUCGAGAAAGCUUAAACAUUCACGGGCAUUAUGAAGGUGGAGGAGUCUGCAUUAACUGCCAGCAUAAUACAGCUGGUAUUAACUGUGAGAAGUGUGCAAAAGGUUAUUACCGUCCAUAUGGUGUUCCAGCAAGUGCUCCUGAUGGCUGUAUACCCUGCAGCUGUAACUCAGAGCACGCAGAGGGCUGUGAAGAAGGGUCUGGCCGCUGUUUCUGUAAGCAGAAUUUCCAGGGAGAAAACUGUGAACGCUGUGCUGAUGGUUUCUAUAGUUUUCCAUUUUGUAUCCGUAUUCCUGUAUAUCCUUCUCCAAAUCCAAGCGAUGCUAUAGCUGGUGACAUAAUAGAAGGUGGCUGCAAACCAGGGUAUUUUGGCCCCCAGUGUCUGCCGUGUGAGUGUAACUCAGCGGGUACCCGUCCUGAAGUCUGUGAUUUUCGUGGAAGGUGUCUUUGUCGCUCAGGGGUACGUGGACUUCAGUGUGACAGCUGUCAGCCUGGCCACCACUCUUUCCCUGUCUGUGAAGAAUGCAAUUGUGAUUCAGUUGGCUCAGUGGACAGUAUGUGUGGUCCCAGAGGACAGUGUCUGUGCCACAGGAACUUUGCUGGAUUUAAAUGCAACCAGUGUGCUCCAGGUUAUUACAGCUAUCCCAGCUGCUUGCCUUGUCAGUGCUCUCCUCUUGGUUCCCAGCACAACACAUGUGAGCCAACAGCAGGGCAGUGUGAGUGUCAACCAGGUGUUAUGGGGAGACAGUGUGACAGAUGCCUUUCUGCAGCCUACAGUUUCCCCUACUGUGAAGGAAUCAACAGUGAAUGUGACCCUUCAGGUAGUGUUGGUUCUCAUUCUGGCUAUUGUCAAUGUCUUCAGCACGUUGAAGGUCCUACAUGUAGUAAAUGCAAACACUUGUACUGGAACCUGGCCAAAGAAAACCUUGAAGGAUGUACAGCAUGCCAUUGUGAUGUGAGUGGAACGCUAAGUGGAGUUGGAGAAUGUCGACAGGAAAAUGGACAUUGUUACUGCAAAUCCAAUGUUUGUGGAGAUUCCUGUGACACUUGUGAAGCUGGUUAUUAUGCUCUUGAAAACAAUAAUUAUUUUGGCUGCCAAGGCUGUCAGUGUGAUGUUGGAGGAUCCAUCAGUUCUGCGUGUGCUGAGCCCUUGGGUGCCUGCCAGUGCAGAGAGCACGUUGUGGGGAUGACCUGUCAGGAGCCUGAACAAAACUAUUUUUUCCCUGAUCUGCACCACAUGAAGUUUGAGAUUGAAGAUGGAACUACCAUCCAGGGAAGGGGAAUUCGGUUUGGCUAUGAUCCUCAGGAAUUUCCUAACUUCAGUUGGAGAGGAUAUGCCCAGAUGUCUUCUAUACAAAAUGAAGUGAGGAUAACUUUGAAUGUGGAAAAAUCAAACCACUACUUAUUUCGCAUUAUCCUGAGAUACAUUAACCCUGGAGGGGAAUCGCUACCUGGCCGCAUAUCUGCUUCUCAAUCUCGGCCUGGAACAGGGGCUGCCCAGAGCAACGAAUUUGUCUUCCCACCCAGCAAGGAGCCAGCUUUUGUCACAAUCCCAGGAAAAAGCUCCACAGAAUCUUUCUCAUUGGUUCCAGGAAUGUGGAUUGUCAGUAUAAUGGCAGAGGAAGUCCUCUUGGAUUAUAUGGUGCUGUUACCUAGUGAUUAUUAUGAAGCAUCCAUCUUGCAGAUACAAGUUACGGAGCCUUGCACCUAUCCUGGACGUGUUUCAACAGAGAACUGCUUGCUCUAUCAGCAUUUGCCACUGGGCAGAUUUUCCUGUGUCCUCGGUUCAGAGGUAGCAUAUUACAGACGUGGGGGAGAAUACAGAAGAAUACCUGUUCGGCAGCCAACUCCUGAUCAACCAGUGAUGUCCCAUAUCAGUGGAAGAGAGGUCAAUUUACAGAUGACCAUAAAUGUUCCUCAAAUUGGUCGCUAUGUUCUUGUUUUUGAAUAUGCCAAUGAAGAUGACCAGUUAUACACUGCUGAGGUAAAAAUAAAUAGCCCAGGACCUGUCACAGAAGGCCAAGUAAGAAUAUACAGUUGCAAAUACAGUUUCCUUUGUCGCAGUGUUGUUGUGGAUGACAGAAAUCGUAUUGCAGCCUAUGAUCUUCUAGCAGAUACAAAGAUACAGCUUAAGGCAUCAUCAAUUAAUUUUCUUCUGCACAAGAUUUGUAUUAUAUCAGCUGAAGAAUUUUCUCCAGAAUAUGUGAAUCCUAAAGUACAUUGCAUAGCCGUUUACAGGAGUACCCAUGAUGGAAGCGUAACAUGCAUUCCAUCAGUGUAUGAUACUCCACCAGCGGCUUUGGUUUUGGAUGCAUUCAGGGAUGGGAAAAUUUCUGAAGUACAGAGAAAUAUACUCCAUGAUCCACUGAAUGCCCCUUUACCUUCUGACUCAGUUAACAAAGUCAUCCUGACAUCAUCGCAGAACCAGAUUACCAUGAGUGGCAGAGUGCCCCACCUGGGCAGAUACGUAUUUGUGCUACAUUUUUAUCAGCCAGCACAUCCAACGUUCCCUGUGCAGGUGCAUGUGAAUGCAGGACGUGUGUGGUCAGGUUCCAUCAAUGCUUCAUUCUGCCCUCAUACUUCUGGAUGUCGGGAUCAGGUGAUUGUAGAAAACCAAAUUGAGCUUGACAUUUCUGAACCUGAAGUCUCUGUUACAGUCAUUAUACCUGACGGAAGAAUGCUGGUUUUGGAAAAUGUCUUAGUUGUUCCAGCAGACAACUACAGUUACAAAAUUCUUGACAAAAAGACUGUGGACAAGUCAUUUGAUUUUAUCAACCAAUGUGGAGGAAACAGUUUUUAUAUUGACCCAGAAAGAUCAUCAGCCUUCUGUAAGGAUUCUGCAAGGUCACUAGUGGCUUUCUACAACAACGGAGCAGUGCCAUGUAAUUGCCAUAGGGAAGGUGCCAUGAGCCCCACUUGCAGCCCCCUGGGAGGGCAGUGUAUGUGCAGACCUAAUGUCAUCGGUCGUCAGUGCAGCAGAUGCCAAACUGGCUACUAUGGAUUUCCAUUCUGCAAGCUGUGCAACUGUGGGCAGCGUCUUUGUGAUGACAUAACUGGUAAAUGCAUUUGCCCUCCUCGAACUGUGAAACCAAAAUGCGAAGUGUGUGAGAAACAUUACUUCAGCUAUCACCCUCUCGCUGGCUGUGAGAGCUGCAACUGUUCAGAAAGAGGCAUUAUUAAUGCGGCAAGCCCAGACUGUGAAAAAAACAACGGGCAAUGCAAAUGCAAACCAGGAAUAAAAGGACGGCGGUGUGAUCAGUGUGCUCCAGGUACUUACGGUUUCCCAAACUGCGUGCCAUGUAAUUGUAACAGAGAUGGAACAGAACCAGAUAUUUGUGAUCCCCAUACAGGAAUUUGCCUCUGCAAGGAGAAUGUAGAAGGUGCAGAUUGCAGUGUUUGCCGACCAGGAUCAUUUUAUCUGGACCCUUCUAAUCCCAAGGGAUGCACCACUUGCUUUUGUUUUGGGGCAACCAGCAACUGUCGCAGCACAAAUCGUCGUAGAACCAAGUUUGUGGACAUGAGGAACUGGCGCUUGGAGGCAAUGGAUGGAAAUAUUGAUAUUCCAGUCACUUUCAAUCCAGUCAGUAAUAGUGUAGUGGCUGAUGUUCAAGAAUUGCCUACUUCAGUGCAUAGUUUGUACUGGAAAGCACCACCAUCUUACCUGGGAGAGAAGCUUUCUUCAUAUGGUGGCUUCUUAAGUUACCAAGUGAAAUCUUUUGGCUUGCCUAGUGAAGGCAUGGUUCUACUGGAUAAGAAACCUGAUAUACAACUAACAGGCCAGCAAAUGAAAGUUGUUUAUAUGGAUCCUAACAAUCCACUGCCUGACCGUCAAUAUUAUGGCCGUGUGCAGUUAGUUGAGGGAAACUUCAGACAUGCCAGCAGCAAUAACCGGGUAUCCAGGGAAGAACUGAUGAUAAUCCUGUCUAGACUAGAUGGUUUACACAUCAGAGGCCUCUACUUCACGGAGACUCAACGAUUAACCCUUGGUGAGGUUGGGCUGGAAGUAACCACCAGCACAGGAAGUGGCAGCAUUGCAUACAAUGUAGAGACAUGCUCCUGCCCUCCAGAGUAUUCCGGUGACUCAUGUCAGGAAUGUGGCCUUGGAUUUUAUCGUGAGAAUAAAGGAGUAUUUACUGGACGCUGUGUCCCCUGCAACUGCAAUGGAAAUUCAAAUAGGUGCCAGGAUGGUACUGGAAAAUGUUUUAACUGCCAGUAUAAUACUGCUGGGGAAAAAUGUGAACGCUGUAAAGAUGGUUAUUUUGGAGAUGCCACUCAGGGUUCCUGUCGGAUAUGUCCUUGCCCUUACUCAAACAGAUUUGCAACUGGCUGCGUGGCAAAUGGUGAGGAAAUUCAGUGUCUCUGCAAAGAAGGCUAUACUGGAGUUCACUGUGAACGUUGUGCUCCAGGAUAUUUUGGAAAUCCACAAAAGUACGGAGGCUACUGUCAGAAAUGUAGUUGUAAUAAUAAUGGACAGCUGGCUAGCUGUGACCGCCUGACUGGAGAAUGUUUUAACAAUGAACCAAAAGAUGUGGAUCCCAAUGAAGAUUGUGACUCUUGCGAUAGCUGUGUAAUUACAUUGCUGAAGGAUUUGAGCACAAUAGGUGAUGAACUUCAGCUGAUUAAGUCUCAGCUGCAGAAUGUCCGUGCAGAUACCAACACACUGGAGCAAAUGAGACGUUUGGAAAUACGCAUCAAAGACUUAAAGGUCUUAUUGAACAAUUACCGUUCUGUUGUUCGUAAUCAGGGUUCAAAGGCAGAUGAAUUGGAGAAAGAAUUCAGUAAACUAAAUCAUGACAUCAAUGCUCUCCAGGAAAAGGCUGAAGUGAACUAUAAAGCAGCUGAGAUGCUGUUUAAUAAUUUUGGCCAAACUCAUCAGAAAGGGAAGGAUUUGGUUUCAAGAAUACAAAUAGUUGUCAAUAAUAUACAAGUGCUUUUGGAACAAAUAGCUGGUACAAAUGCAGAGGGUAACAAUUUGCCCUUGGGUGAUGCUGCCAAAGAACUGGCUGAAGCUCAACAAAUGAUGACAGAGAUGCGAAACCGCAACUUUAGCCAACUGCAAGCAGAUGCAGUGAAGGAGAGAAAGGAAGCUCAGCUAUUACUGGAGCGUGUCAAGAAUGAACUACAAAAGUACCACCAAGAAAAUCAUGGGCUUAUUAAAAGUGUGAGGGAUUCAUUGAAUGAAUUUGAAUCCAAACUCACUGACCUUCGUGAAGCUCUGAAUGAGGCGACAGCACAAACCAAACAAGCUGAAAACUUGAACAGUGAAAAUGGAGUUCUACUGGAAGAUAUUAAGAAACGGAUCGAGGAGACAAAUGAACAACAGAACAGUGUCUUGAAUAUUUUGAGCUCUGCCCGAUCUUCCUUGACUCAAGCUAAUAGUAUGCUGGGAUUAUUGCAGAAAAGCAAAGAGGAAUAUGAAACCCUGGCUGCUCAGCUUGAUGGAGCAAGGAAGGAUAUGAAUGGAAAGCUGACAAAUAGCUCCUUAUCAGCAAGCAAAGAACCUUUGGUGGUGAGAGCUGAGGAACAUGCCAAAUCUUUGCAAGACUUGGCAAAACAACUGGAAGAAAUAAAGAACAAUGCCAGGAAGGAUGAGUUGGUAAGCUGUGCUGUGGAAGCUUCUACUGCCUAUGACAAUAUUAUUAAUGCCAUCAAAGCAGCAGAAGAAGCAGCCAAUAAAGCUGGGACUGCAGCUGACUCAGCUUUAUCAACUGUGAAGAGAGAAGACCUGUCAGGAAAAGCUGCUAAGUUAAAAGCUGAGAGCAGUACACUGUUGAAUCAAGCACGGGAGACCGAAGGGAAAUUAAAAGCUAUUGGCCCAACGCUUGAAGACAUGACACAAAGGCUUGGUGUUGCUGAUGGAAAGAAGAAUACACUACAAAUUGAUCUCAUUGCUCUUCAGAAUGAUCUCAAUGGGAUAAACAGAGAUGACAUCGGCGACAUCAUCACUAGUGCAAAGGACAUGGUAAAAAAUGCCAAGGAUGUCACAACUAAUGUAUUGAGUGAACUGCUCCCAAUUAAAACAGAUGUGGAAAAAAUCAAGACUACUUACGGAAGCACACAGAGUGCUGACUUCAGUAAAGCACUGACAGAGGCAAACAAUUCAGUUAAAAAAUUGACAAACCAGCUUCCAGAUCUGUUCAGCAAGAUUGAGAGCAUCAACCAACAACUAAUGCCAAUAAGCAACAUCUCUGAGAAUGUCAACCGCAUAAGAGAACUGAUUCAGCAGGCAAGAGAUGCUGCAAAUAAGGUUGCGAUUCCUAUGAGGUUCAAUGGCAGCUCCGGUGUAGAGGUUCGACCUCCAAGCAACCUUGAAGACUUGAAAGCCUAUACUUCACUUUCUUUCUUUCUCCAAAGACCUCAGAAGAGAUCAGACAUGCCUCAGAGGGCAUCAGAUAGGUUUGUCCUGUACCUGGGUAAUAAAGAUGCUUCCAAGGACUACAUUGGUAUGGCUGUAAAAAAUGGUCACCUUACUUGUGUCUAUAACCUGGGAGACUAUGAAGCAGAAAUAGCUGUGCAGCCACUGGUGAUUGAAAGCAACACUGAGGAAGCCAUCAUGGAUCAAGUUAAGCUUCAAAGGAUCUACCAGUACGUAAAGCUGAAUUACGUCAAAGCAGCAACAUCAGCUUCUUCAAAGAAUGAAGGACCUGUGACUAUGAGCAGUGAAGGCAUAGACACUCUCCUAGAUCUUGAUCCCAGCAGUGUUGUCUUUUAUGUUGGAGGAUACCCACCAGAUUUUAGGCCUCCACGUAGUCUGGACUAUCCUCAUUAUGAAGGCUGCAUUGAAUUAGAUAACCUAAAUGAAAAUAUUAUCAGCCUUUACAACUUCAAGAGGACAUUUAAUCUCAAUACCACUGAAGUGCAACCCUGCAGAAGAUACAAAGAAGAGUCUGACCAAAACUACUUUGAAGGCACUGGUUAUGCCAGUGUCACAUAUAAAGAAGCAAAUGCAAAUGUGCGAAUACGUUAUGAGCAGACGAUUCAGACUACUGCAGAUGAAGGCAUAAUAUUUUUUGCAGCAAAUGAGGAUCAGUUCAUCAGUGUGCUCAUUAAAGAUGGCCAUCCAGUUUUUAGAUACAAAAUUGGUUCUGAGCCUCCAAAACAAAUAGAACACAAUUCAACUUUAAAUGAUGGAACAUAUAAACAAAUUCACAUAUUUGUUGCCCGAAGCAGCAAUGUCGUGCGUGUCAACAAUAAUAUUACAGCCAACAUAAAAGUCUUCAGUUUCACUAAGUACUAUCUAGGCGGAAUUCCGUCUUCUCUGCGGAAACAAUUUAAUAUAACCACACCUCCAUUCCGGGGCUGCAUGAAGAAUGUGAAAAACUCUAAGACUGCAUCUGUUGUUUUUGAUGAGACCGUUGGUGUCAGCAAGAAAUGUUCAGAUGACUGGAAGCUCAUCAGAUCUGCAUCUUUCUCCAAGAAGGGCACACUGAGCCUGAGUGCAGAGGGUUUCCCAUUUCCCCAAGAUUUCCAAGUUGGCUUUGGCUUCCGCACGAUGGCAUCGACUGGAACACUCUUAAAUUACAAUCUAAGGCCUGAUAUUCUUACCAUCUUUCUGAGUCCUGGCUUUGUAUUUGCAAAGAUGGGAGAGAAGGAACUCUCUCUAAACAAGACAUAUGAAGAUGGGUUAAUGCAUUAUGUGACAGUAAGAAGAAGAGACAACAGAGUAAGUCUACUGGUUGAUGAUAAGCCCACAUCGAUAUUGGUUGACUCUUCAAGAUCACAGAUAACAAUGCAGCCUAUAAUAUUUGGUGGAGGUGAUUUUGAAGGCUGCAUCUCAAACAUCUUUAUAGAAAGGACAGGUCAGUACCCCGAGGUUCAAAAUCUCACUGACCAUACUGAAAAGAGUGGUGUAUCCCUUGGACCUUGCCACCAACAUGAGAACCUUGAACCAAUGCUGCUGAAAGAAUUCAAAAAUCCUCUCAGGUUUAAGAUGCUCAAGAAUGAAAAAUACGUUGAUCAUUUGACAGAUUAUAACGUGCAGCAUGACCAGCAAAACCACACUUUAUCAACUUGGUUAAAUGCCAACAGUGAAGCGUAUCUCCUUGGAAACACCCCCAACAGUUUUAUAUCCUACACGUUUUCUCCACCUUCGCCUACAGACAGGUUACAUUUUUCUGUAGAUAUACGGACUCGAUCAUCAAGAGGAUUAAUAAUUUUCAUGGAGGAAACAUCUGAGAAUUCUUAUAUAUCUCUCCACAUUUCAAAAGGACAUUUUGUCUUUUCACUUAGUUCUGGAGGAAAACGAUUCAAACUCAAAACCAGUACUAAAUACAAUGAUGGGCAAUGGCACAAUGUGGUCUUCAGCAGAGAUGGGAAGAAUGUACUCCUUGUUGUUGAUGGUCUAGCGGCCCAGCACGGAAGACUAGCAAGAAAUUCCCCUGUCAGCAUUAAGCCACCAAUCUAUCUGGGAGGCCUGCCAUCACUGAAAAGACAGAGUAUACCAGUGAAGAGUUUCAAGGGUUGCCUGAGGAAUUUUAAGAUGAACGGAAAAAUCAUGAAUGCACCUCAGCAAAAAAAUGGUGUGCUUCCGUGUCUGGAUAUUCCCAUGGAGAAGGGGAUCUAUUUCUUUAAGGAAGGAGGAUAUAUUGCCAUUGACAAUUUGCGAAUGGGCUUGGAUUUUAGGAUUGUAUUUACCAUUCGGCCAAGGAGUUCAACAGGUGUAUUACUCCAUUCUGGAAACAAGCCGGACAAUUACUUGACUGUUUACAUGGAAGAAGGAAAAAUCAUUGCUGCUGGAAAUAGUGGUGCUGGAGAAUUCCAGACAACAGUCACAUCCAGGCAAUCUCUGUAUAAUGGACAGUGGCAUACAAUUGCAGUCUCUCAGAAGGGGAAUGCUGUGCAGCUAGAUGUAGGCACACAGAGUAACUAUACCACUGGACACCCACCCUUUUCUCCUAGACGCCUGCAUCAGCCACUCUACUUUGGCAAAAUUCCAGCAAAUUUGGACACACCGUGGCUUCCAGUUAAAGACUCAUUUUUUGGCUGUCUUCGGAAUAUUAACAUCAACAACAAACCUGUAUCCACCAGGAGAAUCUCAGAGGUUCAUGGUGGAGUGAGUUUGCAUGGCUGCCCAGCUACGUAACUGUGCUGUUGCAGUAUUUGUACACUCAUCAGGUGAGACCUACUGAAGAACUCCGUGAAUUCAUGCAGCGUGAGUUCCACUUCUGCUGAUCGCUGGCUCACUGUCAUCAGGCUGGUUAUUCACAAGAGCUGGUGAGCAAAUGCAUCCUCUGGAUGCGGACUGCGCCAAAGCAAACUUAAAGUAUGGACUUUGAUAAACUCCCUAUUAAAUGUUAUUGAUUUCCAAGGUAAUCCAUUGUGUCUUCUGAAAUAUAUGCAGAAAAUAUAAUUGUAUAUACCCUACUGGGCCAAAUUCUGCUCUCACCCACAACAGCAUGGAACUAAGUUACUCUGGUGACUUAAGUUCAGAAAUUUGCCUUAAUGCUGGUCAUCUUGAGAGCAAAUUUGAUCCACUAAUAUAAAGAAUUAUAUAAAAACUAUAAAUAUCUUUGGACUGAUGAACAGAAUGUUUAUACAGAAAUGUACAUUAAUGUUAAAAGUAAUAAUAAUAUAAAUGGAGUUUGAAGCACUUUAAGGAGUGAAACUCUGGGAGUUUGUUACAAUGCGAGGAAUUCUGGGGCCAAAUAAAUACAGUAUGUUUUUAAAACCA